ACCUCAACCGACAUGGAUGGAGAACGAUGAGCUGCUGCACAAAAUUUUCACAAAGAAGCAGCAACACGAAUACGCACAUCGCCAGCAGCUGCAGAGAUCUGCCAAAAAGCUAAACAAGAAAGCUGUUUCGCCACCGACGCCGGCACCCUACUUUGAGAACUCCACGCAGAGAAGUGUUGUCGUUGCUGUCGGACGGACUGCAAAAUUACAUUGUCGUGUACGAAAUUUGGGGGAUCGCGCAGUCACUUGGAUACGUCAACGUGACUUACACAUCCUGACCAUCGGCGUGAUGACCUACACGAACGACCAGCGCUUUGAGGCUUUGCAUUGUGAAGACUCCGUUGAGUGGUCGUUGAAAAUUGCAUCUGUGCAGCUGCGAGACUCUGAUGUGUAUGAAUGCCAAGUUUCGUCGGAGCCGAAAAUUAGUCAGGCCUUCGAGCUGAACGCUUUAGUGGCUAAAGCGAAAAUACUAGCAAAUACCGAGUUAGUAUUCAAAAGCGGCAGUGACAUUAAUCUUACCUGCAUCGACCAGCAGGCCCCAUCACCGCCUGCCUACAUUUACUGGUACAAGGAUGGCGAACUAAUUAACUACUCGCAACGUGGUGGCAUUAGCGUGCUGACAGAGCGUCCAACGAAAACCAGCAAGUUGCUAAUCGCACGUGUCGUACCCAGUGACUCCGGCAACUACACUUGUCUACCAAGCAAUUCCGGUGAGUAUUGA